CAACUGCUGCACACAGAUAUAUUUCUAUUUCUUGUUCCUCUUUGUUUCUUUUGUGUGAUGUAAUUGUGUGUUGCUGAGAAAAUAAACUUUUUAUCUAUCUAUCUAUCUAUCUAGUUUGAUAGAAAUUGGUUAACAAUAGUUAUCCACCUUUCGGAUUGUGAAUGAAUUCACAAUAAGUAAUCUUUUGUUUUUUUUUAGCUGAAAUAACUAUAUCAUCUUAAUAUUUUGGUGAUAUCUGGCGAAAAGCGUAUUUUGUUUGUUAUAAAAGGAAUACUCCUGAUUCGAUUUCAAUAACAUUAAAAUGGGACAACCUCGGUCCAUUAAGCUAUCGAAUAAAAAAAUAAUUUUGAAAACCAGUCAACAAUUAGCGGAAAAAUCGGUGAACAUAUAUAAAAAAAAAAAUAUACAUCGCCGUCAUACAUAUAACGAUUUUAAAGUCGGUUAACAAAAGAUAAUAUCCGUUAAGGUUUACAAAAAUACACAUUUAUUUAAUAAGUGUAUUAUAAAUAUGUGUAAUCUUUAAUUGAACUCAAUUUUCAGUUGUAUUAUGCUUUUUAUCAUUCUUUUUUUUUAAUUCGGUAUUUACUGUUAUAGGUCUCUAUGGGUUUUUCUGUGUUUGACCGCAUCCACUCUUUUCUAAGUUAAAAAUGUUGAAUUGCUUUCGCUAAAUGUAACUUCAAUUAAAUGUGAACUUCGAAAAAGAAACUGUUUUUGAUUAUUAAUAAUAUUCUUUACAAAAUUUUAUACAAGAAAUUAUUUGAAUAAGUAAAAAUAUCUCUUGAAAUAAAUAAAUAUUCGGAAGGUGUUAUUUGAAUUCAAAUUGUUCAUAAUCGAUAUAUAUGCUUAUUUAAAAUCGACUGACCAGAAAAGAUUAAUUUAAUUUACUUUAUAUUUUCACUCCAAUUUUUUUUACAAAUAAAUAAAAUUAGAGGGCUGUUUUAGAUUUAAAAAGUUUAAUCAGAAACUAUCCGAAUAUUAUUAGAAUUCGAAUUAUCUGAAAAAUUACAAAUAAAAUCCUAACCGCAGAAAAACAGCUCUCGAUCGGUCGUCAGUCGUCACUCGUUGUGUUCGUUAAAAAAACAAGUUUAUUUUUUCCUGCGCAUGAGCGUGUCAAAUCGUCCGAUGGCCCUUGCCUGAGAGUUCAACGCAGUACCUUCACUACUUCAUUUAUUUACGAUCAAAUUACAUUUCUAUUGGAACGAUUUUUUUUAAGAACAUGGCUUACACUCUUAAAAUCUUAAUUCGAUAUAUCGUGAACUGCUUCAUCCCCUGUCCUGCUCUAAUUUACGUUUUUUAUGCAGCAGAGUGGAACGGAGCUUGAUGGAGUUCGCAAUAUAUCGACAAAAGCACGACCCCUAUAUUUAAAACUUCGUUUCUUUCGUUUUAUGUUUAAAUAUCACUUAUCUAUUUAUACAUAAUAUAAAACAAAGUCAUUUCCCGCUGUCUGUACGCUGAGAUUUUAUAAACUACACAACGGAUUUGCUAGUAGCAAAAAAAAUUGAAUCGAAAAACGCUUUCGAAUUCCGUAUAUAAAAUUGAAAAGACUAAAAAGGAAUUGAGAGGAAAUGUCAACAUAUCCAUUCUACAUAGUUAUAAUUUUGUCAUUUUAGUAAAAGAUGAAAAAUAUAAGAAAUAUUAUUUUUGAGAAAGCAUUUCAUUUUUCUAUUUAUAUUCUAUUUAAAUAAAUAAAAUUUCUUAAAAUUGCUUCUUCGAAUGUUAGGUAAUGUUCUAGUGGUUCUUCACUGAAUCCUUCAAAAUUACAAAUAAAUAUUCUCCUAACGGAUCCACUUACAAUUCAAAAGUGUACUUUUAAGAGGGAGUCUUACGUCUUAAGAAUAGAGUUAAUAAAGAUUAAGUAGAAAAAAGUUUUGUCGGGCCAUUUGUCCUGAAGGCUCACCCAUUUUUUUCGAGGUUUAUCUUAGUAACCGUUUCCCAGACAUAAUGGCUCAGAUGGAUUAGAACAGCAUCGAUGAUGCUACUGGCCAUAUAAGAUAUAUUAAAAAAUGCAUCUGUCUAAACCCUCAUGAAAAAAAACUAAGCACCAAUGAUAAUACUUUCUUUUCGUUGGUACGUAACUUUAGACGUUUCGUUGGAAUGAUAAAAACAAAGACUCGACUCUACUUUCUUUAUCUAAUUCAGAUACCUAAUGUUAAAACUAUGACAAAGCCUGUAAAACCAAUUCAAGAUAACUUCAUAGUUGACUAGAAAAUUAAAACCGGUUUUAGAAGUUAUAACUAAUAAACGUUGGGAAAUACCUUCGGCAUUUAUAGAGUCAGGUUAUAGAAUAAGGCAUUUUGUUUUCUGAAAGUAGUCGCAUAAUAUUAAACGACCGGUUCACUGAAUGGGCGUAAAUGUGUGAACGCGGAAGAGAACGUGCAGGAAAAUUGAAAUCAGCAAAUAAAUCGCUCAGCAUUUCUACGUAACCGUGUCUUUCGAAGUGAUUGAUAAUUUACGAAGCGUUUAACAGAGUCGUUGCAUCACGAGCGUACAUAGAGCUGCCAGCGGCGGCCAAGAUUCGGUGGCAAUGUUCAUGCAGGAAUUCAUUUCGCCUCGAGAAGUGUCCGGUUUCAGUCUGGCACGUCGAACGCUCAUAUUUCGUUUAGUAUUUAUUUAUGUAUAGGUCGGGCGCAGGUUCUAUCAGCGGCGCUGCGGGCGAAGCGGCCGGCGGCCCAGGGGGGCAUACUUACUACGUGAUUAAUCCGCCCCCCCCCCCCCCCCCUCCCUUGCCGCGGCGGCCGGGCGCUCCGUACUCGCGCCGGGUUUCCUCGUCCCCGCUCCUCACGGCCACUCACUACGCACGGAGCUCCGCGUAGUGCCGCCGCCAGUCGCUCUGCGACCCGCGCCGAAGUCGCAUUUUAUCCGUCUGUUUUGCGUGUAACCGUGCUAUCGUUCAUGCUAAUCUCCGUUCGUUGAUUUCUUUGCCGAGUGACCGAAGAGGAACCGGCGCGUGAUAUCGCGAGUGUCGAAUGUUCGUGGACGUCACGCCCGUGUACUUUUCCACCGAAUUCCGAGCGUAAAUAACCAGUUCGAAGUGACGGACGGCGCCUUCCCUCGGAUGAGAUUUCCGAGCGACGAGCGCUGCUGUGACCUGUGGCCUGCGAUGCUGCGCCCGUGACCGUCUCGCGACAGUGUCACGAAACCGCGUCCGAUGAUCUCGGCGAGCCUCCCCAGCGAGGCGCUGGCCCAGCUGGGGCAGCUUGGGCAGCUGAGCCAUCUAUACCCGCCGCCGACGCCGGCCGGCAUGACGCCCGAGUUCCUGCCUCCCCCGCCGCGGCCGUACGCACGGUACCCUCCCCGACGCCGCGAGAUGCCUGCCCCACCCGCACCCUUCCCGACCUACACGCCAUUCUUGCCGCCCGGAUACGCAUCCUACUUGUACCGGACCAGAGCUCUACAACCACAGGCGGCGUAUCCGAUGCGUCCGAGACACUCGUCGGGAUUCGUUCCGCCGGCGCCGGCACCGCAUUCGCCACCGACUGCGCCGGCGCCCGUUCCACCACCAAGAGAAGAACCACCCAUGUCACCGGAGCGAGGUGCUCCCGCGCCGUACUUCUGCCGCGGAGCGCUCAUCCGCUUGGAGGACGGUUCCCUCCGCCGUGUUGAAGAGAUGCGGACAGAAGAUUUUGUCAUGAGCGCUGACCGCAGCGGCGACCUCACGCUCACGCAGUGCACGCUGCUGCGGUUGGACGAGCGCGGUGACAAACUAGCACUCACACUCACUUACGACAGGAAUAGAUCGCAGGUAGAGCUCGAGUCCACUGUCGAGCACCCAUUCUUCGUGUACGGGCGAGGCUGGGCUUCCUGUAGGCCCGACCGCACGCUGGCACGAUACGGUUUGAACGUACAAAGGCUGCAAGUCGGUGACGUCUGCGUUUCCUUAGUCGCGCGCAAGCACGCGGGGCAUCCGCCCACUGGGCCCGCGGGUCACACGGGGCAUUCAGGACCAACAGGGCCACAGGGUACAAGCACCAUGCUCGCCUCCGCCCCUCCACAAACACAUCCAGAAAACCUCAGCGUGAAAGAAGACGCUCGGAAAAGGCGGUGGUCAGCCUCAGAUGUAUGCGAGGACGACUGUCCGCCCCCCAAAAAACGCUGAGCAACAGCUUAGUUCUAACGCGCUCGGAUCUUAAUGUGUUGUGAUCUUCGUUGCGACUCUUGGACUUAUUUUACUGUGGAACGUGUGUGACGAGCCUCUGUCGUGUCGUCGAUGUGUCUGACUGCUUUCCAUGAUCACAUCCCAGUGACCACAGUGUCUAGUUUCAGCGACAGCAGUCGGGACGUACGCUUAUGAUAUUCUAUUCGGGAACUUUAGGUGCUUUUUACUGUCGGGUGCUUCUGUACAUUGUGUACAAUGUUUGUAAAUAUUGUAUGUAACCUUAGGUCAAAGUUGAAAGUUCCACUCCAUGACGACAUUUAUGUGUCACAAAAGUAGCGUUAAGUGUAGUUUAACUACACGUUAUCUUCUAAUGACACGUAAUCGUUAUAUUCGAGAGAACACUAUUGUAAGGUGUACCUUAUAAAGAGUUUUAAAAUAAUGGAGUAAUAUUCAAAAGAGCACAAAAAUAACAAAUGAGUUUCUAUCAGAUCUUAAUGUAGGUGAGAUAAUGUGAUAACCAAUGAGAUUUAAAAUCGCCAGAGACACGUGGUAAUGCAUAUUUUAGAUAAAAAAACGUUAAGGUACAAUGAAUGUUAGGUAGAUGUAGAGGGCUGACGUGUGCUUAAGUCUUGACUGAUAUUCCAUGAUUUUUCCGGAACAUUUCUAGUUGUAUCUCGCAGUCAGUGUGCCGCCGAUGGUUGUGACUGCAUACAUAUCCGACGUGUGUCGUUGUUAUGCGGGAAUCGUUCACCGUACAUUAAAAACGAGUCUUUCCUCUUCAUUUAUAGUAGAUUACUUCGCUGAAUAGCAUUGACAAAUAAUUCGUGUUUAGAAUAAAUGUUGAUAUAUAACUUACUAUAUAUUGUAAAAAAAAAGUUUAAAUAUUUAUAAAAGGAGGGUCAAGUCGUUUGUCCUAAAUAUAUCUUAAUUUAUAGUAGAAGAUAAUAUUUGUUCCCUUUCCCUAAUGUUUUGCGACUGUACUCAAAUGGUAAAGCGACAUACGCUUCGUUCUUCAAUAACAUCCUAGACCAUUAAAAUGUUCAGAACAAAAUUAAGGGUUAAAUAGGGAAUAUCCAACUGCUGAAUGGAGUUAAACUAUUAAGAGACUAGAGUAUAUAUUUUCAGGUGAUCCAAUAAAAGGACCACGACCUCAGUCUCGGUAACAUAGUAGUAAAUUAUAAAUGUAUACCUAUUUUAUCAUCACGUUUAGAUGUCAUCUAUUAGGUUUGACGUCCAUGUGUGAUAAACAUAAUUUUGUAUGAGAAAAUGUAUACAUAAUAAACACACAGUCUGUGAUAUUUUGUAGUUAUUGGUCAGUUAAGGUGUGAAGUAUUGCUUGAAUAAAGGAAGUAUGUAUUAGGGUAAGCGUUAUUGGUAAGGAACUAUUGUAGUAUACUCAAAAAAUAUUCACCGAAAAUGGAAACAGCCCGAAGACAAAUUUAGCGUCUGUGAUUUAUAUACAUAUAUCGUUAUGCGUAAUUAACGCAAAUUCAUGGCCAUAUCAUAAUCAAAUUGAUUUUUGUAUAAAUAUAAUUAAGUGAAUGGUUAUAUUUGUAUAUCAUAUAUGUUUCGGAGAUCAUUGUAAACAUUUAUUUUGCAUAAAAUAAUAUAUAGCUUUAUGUACUUAGGUUCAUUCAAACGCUAUUGUGAGCCGUCAAGUACAUGAAAAUUCACAAAGAAAUCGUAAGUCAUGCCUCCUAUAAUAUAGCGAAGUAAACUAAUGGUAUACAUAACAGCGUAACAAAAGUAUAAGAGACUGAUGGUAUGGUAUAAAUAAAAAUUUAAUUUAAUUUAUUAAUACACGCUGCACACUGUCGGCUGUUUAAUAUAAAGCAAAAAAAAAAUGUAUUGAAAAUUUACUAACCUUAAAACUGAUAUUCGACAGCUGACACUGGGGUGGACGAUACCUUAUAAUUAUGGCGAAUUUUCGUCAGUGCUUAAAUAUUGUGACAAGGACUUUAUAAAUAGACUACACCAAUAUCCGUACAUCUAUAUUAUGUAAGAUUACUCUGUUCUUUAUUCGGUUGCAUUUGUUUAGACUGUCAAUAAUGCUAAUUUGAUGAUUUUGAUAAGAAAUAAAAUCAUCGAAUUACCUACCAACUAUACCAUUUUAAUGACAUAAAUAUUGCCUUAGUCUGUUCCUAGCGCAAGCAAAAAGCGGUCAAUGACUUAAAUAAAAAAUUGCUACAAUACACCUCUGUAUGAUACUGCCAAGUACUGCGUUCUGUUGUACUGGGUGAGGUCAGCUACCUAUAGCGUUCCAUACGACAAAAAGUAGUACUUCGCGGAAACGAUACAGUUCUAUGGAUAGCGAUAGACAUUGUUGACUUUUAACGCUCACCUAAUACUUUAGGUUAAUGCAAGUUUCUUCACCAAUCUUAGGAAUAGACUACAGGGUAUAUUGUGAUGCUUUUUAAAUAUGACGC